AGGACGGGAGAAACGUGGCUCGGUGGCAGUAAAGUACCACAUCCGGAAGUAUGAGGAGAGAGACUAUGAGAUGCUGCGCACUUUUUACAUUCAAGGGAUCAAGGAACAUAUUCCUCGGGCCUUGUGGCACUUUCUCAGCUCUCCUCAGACACACCUGGGGCUUCUGUCCGUCUUCCUCCUGACCUACCUGAGCUCGGCUUCCUACACCAUCUCCCUGGCGGCCACGUCCAUCUUCUCGGUGGUUGGCGUGCUUUCCAUGAAGAACAUGUGGGAUGACUAUCUCCAACAUGCCCUCACCACGGACCUGAUGGACAUCAGGAGGACCUACCUGGAGACCAAGGACUCCUGUUUCUGGGUGGUGGACACCGGAGAGGAAGUGGUUGGCAUGGUGGCCAUCAUCCCUCCGGAGAACCCAUCUUGGUGGGGCAACGCCCGGGAGCUGAAGCGUAUGUCCGUGAAGAAGGAGCACCGAGGCCAAGGGCUCUCCAAGGCCCUCAUCAAGACUGCCAUCCAGUUUUCUCGGGAGCGCGGCUACCAAGAAGUCGUGUUGGGUACUUCCAUGGUACAACGCAUUGCUCAACGGAUCUAUGAGAACAUGGGCUUCCACAAAGUCCUACAGACGAACCCUUCUUUCUUAGCUAAGUUGGUAGGCUUUUCAGUCUACUGGUAUUACUACAAAAUCCCAGAUACUCACUGAGGUCUGUUCCUGAGGUCACAAUUCCACCUUCCACAAAGGGAGAAGCGAGAUCUAACAUUCAGACUCGAUGGCUCAACAGGCAGGCUCAAUGUCAACUCGCAAAGCAUUCCUGGCUAGAUCUCGAGUUGCCAUAAGAAGGAGGCCGGGAGUGGGGAGGGAGAAAGAUCUGAUGGGAGCAGUUCGGUUGGUAUGACCAGAAGAACAUUCCACGCAUACCUUCCUCCAGAUUGUGUCCCAGGUUACCGGAGCCAGCCGGAAAGGCGUGUUUUCUACAGCCCGGGAAAGUCCUUAGUUGGAGAAUGUGAUUUAUGACACACCCUGGGACGAGGGGGAGGGGAAACAGGGUCAUAGGU